AUGUAUGCAGCAGUGGAACAUGGGCCUGUUCUUUGCAGCGAUUCCAACAUCCUCUGCCUCUCCUGGAAAGGGAGAGUCCCCAAAAGUGAGAAGGAGAAACCGGUGUGCAGGAGGCGGUACUAUGAGGAAGGCUGGUUGGCAACAGGCAAUGGCAGAGGAGUUGUAGGCGUCACUUUUACUUCCAGCCAUUGCAGGAGGGACCGGAACACCCCUCAGAGAAUCAACUUCAAUUUGAGGGGCCACAACAGCGAGGUUGUGCUGGUGAGAUGGAACGAACCAUUCCAGAAAUUAGCAACCUGCGAUGCAGAUGGAGGAAUAUUUGUUUGGAUACAAUACGAAGGCAGAUGGUCUGUGGAGCUUGUGAAUGAUCGGGGGGCACAGGUAAGCGACUUUACGUGGAGCCAUGAUGGGACUCAAGCACUUAUCUCCUAUAGAGAUGGAUUUGUGCUGGUCGGUUCAGUCAGCGGACAAAGACACUGGUCUUCAGAAAUAAACUUGGAGAGUCAGAUCACCUGUGGCAUAUGGACUCCAGAUGACCAACAGGUACUGUUUGGCACUGCUGAUGGACAGGUUAUCGUCAUGGACUGCCAUGGCCGAAUGCUGGCCCACGUGCUCCUUCAUGAGUCAGAUGGCAUCCUCAGCAUGUCCUGGAACUACCCCAGCUUCCUGGUGGAGGACAGCAGCGAGAGUGACACGGACUCUGACGACUAUUCCCCGCCGCAAGAUGGACCAGCUGCCUAUCCAGUCCCGGUGCAGAACACCAAGCCACUACUGACUGUCAGCUUCACGUCGGGAGACAUCAGUUUAAUGAACAAUUAUGAUGACUUGUCUCCUACUAUCAUCCGCUCAGGGUUGAAAGAUGUGGUGGUACAGUGGUGUACACAAGGGGACCUACUUGCAGUAGCAGGCAUGGAGAAGCAGAGCCAGCUAGUUGACCUCAGCAAUGGUUCCAUGUUGAAAAGCGCACUUGUCAAGUUCUACAAUGUGCGCGGGGAACAUAUCUACACGCUGGAGACACCUGUGCAGCGUCCCAUCAUCUCGAUCUGUUGGGGUCACAGGGAUUCGCGCCUGCUGAUGGCUUCCGGACCUGCAUUAUACGUUGUCAGAGUCGAGCACAGGGUCUCUAGUCUGCAGCUGCUGUGCCAGCAGACCAUCGCAAGCUGUCUGCGGGAUGACAAGGAUAUCAGCAAACUGACCCUGCCCCCUCGGCUCUGCUCGUACCUCACCACUGCCUUUAUACCAACAAUCAAGCCUCCUAUCCCAGACCCAAACAAUAUGAGAGAUUUUGUCAGCUACCCAACAGCUGGUAAUGAACGGCUUCACUGCACAAUGAAGCGGACAGAAGAUGACCCAGAGGUUGGUGGUCCAUGCUAUACCCUGUACCUGGAAUACCUUGGGGGACUGGUGCCUAUCCUGAAAGGACGUCGUAUCAGCAAGUUGCGGCCAGAGUUCGUCAUCAUGGAUCCUAAAACAGAUGGAAAAGCAGAUGAAAUCUAUGGAAACAGCUUGAUUUCCACUGUGAUUGACAGCUGCAACUGCUCGGACUCCAGCGAUAUUGAACUGAGUGAUGACUGGGCAGCAAAGAAAUCUCCCAAAAUCAGUCGAGCUAGCAAAUCACCCAAACUCCCCAGAAUCAAUAUAGAAGCUCGCAAAUCUCCAAAGAUGUCACGAGCUGCGCAGGAGAUAUCAAGAUCGCCAAGGUUACCAAUAAGGAAACCUUCUAUUGGUUCACCAAGCCUAACCCGAAGAGAAUUUCCUUUAGAAGAUAUUACUCAGCACAACUACCUUGCUCAGGUCACAUCUAAUAUCUGGGGAACGAAAUUUAAAAUUGUGGGUUUGGCUGCUUUCCUCCCAACUAACCUUGGUGCAGUAAUAUAUAAAACCAGUCUGCUGCAUCUUCAGCCCAGGCAGAUGACAAUAUAUCUCCCAGAAGUGCGGAAGAUUUCAAUGGACUACAUUAACCUGCCUGUCUUUAAUCCAAACGUUUUCAGUGAAGACGAAGAUGAUUUACCAGUGCCCGGUGCCCCUGGUGCCCCCGCCAGCAGCCCGCCGUGCACCGUCAACAUCCCCAUCGCCCCCAUCCACAGCUCAGCCCAGGCCAUGUCGCCCACGCAGAGCAUCGGCCUGGUCCAGUCGCUGCUGGCCAAUCAGAACGUGCAGCUGGAUGUGCUGGCCAAUCCGCCGGCAGAAGCGGGAGGCGAGGGGGCGGGGCCCUUCCCGGGGGUGCCGGGCCGCUUUCCUGGCCCUCGGGACCACAGCGACCGCGAGCACGAGCCCCCGCCCAAGGCCAAGCCCCCACGGCCGGGGCCCCAGCUGGUGGAAGGGGAUGCUGUCGUCUUUGGGGCCGCCCAGGAGCUGCAGCUGAACAAGAUGAACCCUCCGCCGCCCUACCCUGGCACCAUCCCUGCCGCACCGACCGCCGCCCCGCCGCCUCCACCCGGCCCCCCUCAGCCGCCUCUUGACCUCUGUCUGAAAAAGGGGGAGUUCUCCCUCUACCCAGCAGGGCACUACCAGACACCCCUAGGGUACGAGCGGAUAACGACCUUCGACAGCAGCGGGAACGUGGAGGAGGUGUGCCGGCCUCGCACCAGGAUGCUCUGUGCCCAGAGCACCUACACUCUGCCGGGGCCCGGCAGCUCCGCCACCUUGCGCAUCACUGCCGCCGAGAAGAAGAUGCAGCAGCCCUGCGCCAGCGCCACCCUGAAUCGGCUCACGGUCCCCCGUUACUCCAUCCCAACUGGGGACCCGCCGCCCUACCCUGACAUCGCUAGCCAGCUGUCCCAGGGCAGAAGCAUCGCGCAGAGGCUGGACAGCAGUAUCAUUCAUGCAACUCUGCGGAGGAACAGCAGAGAGGCAGCCCUGAAAAUGGCUCAGUUGGUGGAUGGUCAGAGAGCCACCUUGCAACUUCCCCCAAAGGCCAAGAGCAGCGUUGUGACGGCGCAGUACCAGCAGAGGGUACCCACCGCCUUGUACACCUGCAGCCAAUGCAGCAGCGGUGGCAGCAGCAGCAAUGCGAGCGCUGGUGGUGUGGGCAACAUCACUAGUGCCAACGCUAGUAGCAGCACUUCCAGUAUUGGUGGUAUGAGACCUGAUCUGAGCACAGGGAGUGGCUCCCAGCACAGCUCCGUCAUCGCUCACUCUGUCAGUACUUCGCCUCUGGCCUCCCAGUCCUCCUACAGCUUGCUGAGCCCGCCUGACAAUUCCCGUGACCGAGCGGAUUAUAUCAACUCUGCCUUCACGGAGGAUGAGGCGCUUUCUCAGCACUGCCCAGUGGAGAAAUCAAUACGGCACGUACCUGUGUCCUUGACAGAGGCUGCCCUCAGUGUAAAACGGCCACCACCAUACCAGUGGGACCCUAUGGUGAGUGAAGAGAUAUGGGUUCCUCAGGAAAGGACAUCUCAGAGCUCAGUGCCCAACCCUCUAAAACCUGCUCCUCUCAUCAUCGGUCAAGCUCAACAUCUGGAUAUGUCUCGAGUGCCGUUUGUUUCCCCCAAGUCUCCAACCAGUCCCACUGCCACUUUCCAGACAAGUUAUGGGGUUGGAGUACCUUACCCAGGAAGCUACAAUGCCCCUCCCCUUCAGGGAAUGCAGCCCCCCUGCUCCCCCAAAGAAGCUCUGGCCCCAACACAGUUUGCACAGCAGGAGCCCACAGUCGUGCUUCAGCCAGGUUAUCCAUCCAACCUCUCCUAUUGCCCUUUGCCACCCAUGUACCCGGGAAGUAGCGCCUGCUCUAGUUUACAGCUGCCACCGAUCGCCUUGCACCCAUGGAGCUCCUACAGCGCCUGCCCACCUGUACAGAACCCCCAGGGCACGUUGCCCCCGAAGCCGCUCCUCGUGGUGGAGAAGCCAGUGAUGUCUCCCCCACCAGCAGAGCUGCAGGGCCAUGUGGGCACAGAGGUAAUGGUGGAGACGGCAGACACCUUCCAGGAGGUGCUCUCCUUGACGGAAAGCCCCGUUCCUCAAAGGUCGGACAAAUUUGGCAAGAAGAGCCGGAAGCGCCUGGACAGUCGAGCCGAGGAAGGAAACGUGCAGGCUAUCACCGAGGGUAAGGUCAAAAAAGAGGCGAGGACACUGACUGACUUCAAUUCGCUGAUAUCCAGUCCUCGGCUGGGGAGGGAGAAGAAGAAAGUCAAGAGCCAGAAAGACCAGCUGAAGUCCAAGAAGCUAAACAAGACAAAUGAGUUUCAGGACAGUUCAGAGAGCGAGCCAGAGCUUUUUAUCAGUGGGGAUGAACUAAUGAACCAGAGCCAGGGCAGCAAAAAGGGUUGGAAAACCAAAAGGAGUUUGAGGACAGCCAGUGAGCUGGAUGAAUUCAAGUGCCGGAAGGCCAGUGAGAAGGAGGAUGGGAGGCUGGGGAGCCAGGGCUUUGUGUACGUGAUGGCCAACAAGCAGCCGCUGUGGAAUGAGGCAACGCAAGUCUACCAGCUGGACUUUGGAGGGCGGGUGACCCAGGAGUCAGCAAAAAACUUCCAGAUUGAGCUGGAAGGACGACAGGUGAUGCAGUUUGGAAGGAUUGAUGGCAAUGCUUACAUUUUGGACUUUCAGUAUCCAUUUUCUGCAGUGCAAGCCUUUGCUGUUGCUCUGGCUAACGUGACUCAACGCCUCAAAUGAACAAGCAGAGACUGGAGAGAGGAAAAUGUUAACCUUCUCAUAACCGGAAAAUGUCAGGGCAGCCUGCUUUAGGUGUGUGGAGGUGCCUGGGAGCGAAGAAGGCAGUAAAACUGGAAAAGUCUCUUGGUGCCCAACAGAAGGGCAUUAACUCUAAUCAGUCAUGGGGUGGAGGGUGGGGGGCUGUUUUCUGUUUUGUUUGUUUGUUCGUUCAUUUGUUUGUUUUCGGGUGUUUUUUUUUUUCUUUUUAAGCGUUGUGCUGGGUCUCAGAAAGAGCGAAGGGCUGAGAGCCAUUCAGUGUUACGUGGAGAAGUGUGGCUUUUGGCUUGUUGUGGUGGUUCUGCCGUGUUUGCUACAGUAGCUGAUGUAAGCUCAUAGGGGGAUUAAAAAAGACUGCUCUUUUUGAUAGACUGCCUUAUAUCAUGCUGUUCUUUUUAAAACAGGGAACAUAACUUUUUUUCUGGUCCAGUUUGUACUACUACUACUACUACUACUACUACAUGAGUGAUAGCAGCAAAAAAAGAAAAA